AACCCUAUCGCAGCAGCCCGGAAAAAUACUAUUUCGUUUUCCCUCAGGGGAUUGUUGUACCUCAGGGAAAUAAUGAACUGCUUCUAAUAAUAAUAAUAGACUGUGUAGUACAGUUAGUUAAAAUUUUUUUUAAUCGCUAAGGAGUAUUGUAAAGAUUAUCCAUGAAAAACAUGAGGACAAUCGUUAGAAAAACCUCUUUUCUAGGGAUUCACCUUAAUUUGAGCCUUUCGAAAGUCUCAAUUCAAGACUUCCACAAGUCUCCAUUUGAGAUCGUACUUUUUUUUUCUCCAGACAUGUUUUUAUUACAGUUGGGAUGUCGACCACGAACUCUGAGCUUGGUCAGCGUUAUCGUCCUGGCAAUGUCAAACAUGUUUCUAACAUUCCUUCUACUUCAAUCGGAGACAUGUACGAGCUCAAAUAACGAUGAGACUUUGAUGGGAAUCAAUGCCGUCACGGAAUGGAAUAUCAAUUCUGACGACCAAAGCAAUCUCGAACCGAAGAACAUGGUCCGGUGUCCGGUUACGGAAGAGAAUCCGGAUCUCAACGACACAAAGCCGCUCAACUUGGAUUUCCGGUUGGGGAGAUGGGAUAAUCGUCGUCAGUACAAAACUUUCGACUCUAUUCUAGUUGGUUCACAAUUCUCUGAACUGUCGGCGUCGAAAAGUAUAUGUUUAGCUACGCAGUCGUCGUUGGAAAAAUUACACUCACUAGUUCAAGUUGCGCAUCAUUGGACUGCAUCGAUAUCUGUGGCAUUGUACACCGCUGGGGACGAGGAAUUUGAAGCUUUACAGAAGUAUUUGUAUUACAUCCGAAGAUGUUAUCCACCAAUCAGAGAAAGAGUGACGUUUUCCCUGGCAGUGCCAAGGAAUAAAGUUCCGACGAAAAAUCCAACAAUUUUUCAAUACUCUGAGGACUUUCAAUGCUCCAGACCGGAGGCAACCUUAUUCGAGCUCAUGAACAAAAUAUCGGUUGAGCACACUAAUUGGCGGGCAAAAAAUGUCUAUCCGCAGAAUCACAUGAGGAAUUUGGCGCGGAAAAAUUGCCAGACCAAUUGGGUAUUCUUGACGGAUGUGGACAUUAUACCUAGCAUGAACCUUGCAAAUUCUCUGGAUCAGUUCAUGCGUCGUACUCGUGAUUGUGAUAAAUGUGCUUAUGUGAUACCGACGUAUGAACUAGAUGUAAGAGUGAAAUUCCCGCAGAAUAAAACUGAAUUGGUGAGAUUAGCGAGAAAGGGACUUGCCAGGCCGUUUCACUGGAAGGUGUUUAUUCACAAUCAGUAUGCCACGAAUUUCACGAGAUGGAUAUCUGAUGUGACUCCCGGUGCAAAAGGAUAUCAAGAUGUUCUCCGCGGAGUAACUUACAUUAGCCAUAAUGUGACGAACUUUGAAUUUCUUUAUGAACCGUUCUAUGUAUCUAAAGAUACAGCUCCAGCACAUGACGAGAGGUUUUUAGGAUAUGGAUAUACGCGAAAUACACAGGUCUACGAGAUGUUCGUCGCAGGAUAUCAAUUCAAAGUUCUCUCACCAGUCUUCACCGUUCACUGGGGUUUGCAAUCAAGAAAAAAUCGGCCCGGAUGGAGAGAAAGACAGAAUAUAUUCAAUAGAAAACAAUUCGACUCCUUCAAGCGGGAGAUUUUUGCAAAGUAUUCCACAGAUCCACUGAAGAUGGUGAAAAAAAUCAAAUAGAAAGGGGAAUUCCUUAAUGCUCAUGGGUAGAGGGCGUUCCGUUCAAUAUUAUCACUAGAAUUAGUGAAUGUACAAAUAUUUAUUCGUUAUUUUCCUACAAUGUGUGAAUGUACCUUCGUCAUGCCUGUUAUGCAGUAUUCCUUUUAUAUUGUUAA